CGCAACACACCCCCCAGCGCGCCUGCUACCUACUCAACGUCCCAAACACAAUGUCUGCGUAUCCGUCUUAUACUAUGGGGGGGCUCUGCCUUUUCGGCGGUCUCAGCGGCUUCGCGCGCAGGCGUUCUAUCCCCUCUCUUGUAGCCGGCGUGGGUGUGGGCGCUUUGUACCUCUGGAGUGCGGAAACCAUUCGAAAAGGAGAGUCAAACGGCCUCGAGGGUGCCCUGGGUGCCUCGGCGCUUCUGCUGCUAUCAUCCCUCCCUCGUGUUGCAAAGGGGCCCGUCCCCGCCGUGCUUGCAGUCACUUCGGCGCUUUCCUCGGUGUACUACGGCAACCUUGUGUACAAGACUCGUGCAUGAACAUGCCCCUCUGAGUAGUUGGCCUGCUUUCGUUCCACUGUUGGGACGGUGUAAAACUAUCGGGUUUCCUUGCUGUAAUUCAUAUGAUUGUGCUUUGCGCGACGUAUUACCGGACCUUGCCCCCCGUGAGAACAGCUCGUGGCCCACCGCAGCCAGGC